AUGGCUACAAUAGGUAAGUUAGUCUGCGAAGUUGAAAUCAAAAGCGAUAUUAACUUGGUUUAUGAAAUCUAUAAACACAAACAAAACAACUGUCCGGUCAUCUCCCCUGAUAAGCACUUCAUCCAUGUGGAAACUACAAAAAAUAUGGUUGAAGAAGUUGUCGAUGAAUUACACAAAAUUGUGUUCAAGGUGAUUGAAGGAGGAGUGUUGGAGGUGUAUAAUCCCUUAAUCCUCACGGUUAAUAUUGAAGAUAUGGGCCAUAAUAAGUUGGUUAUUUGGACUAUGGAGUUGAAGAAGGUGAAUGUAAAUAUACUUGAUCCAACACCAUAUUUAGACUUGCUCUGUGUUGUGGUCGGAGAUAUGGAUGCUUAUUUUCUCAAGUGGCCAUGAUGGUAACAAUAAAAGUGAAGUGUUUUUUCAAUAAAAAAUAUAGUUGAUAUAUUUGUGACGAAUAUUGUAUGAUUGCUUGUUAAGAUAUUUAUUUUUAUUGUAAAUUAGCAUAAUUUGUGAUUCG